AUGUCACUAAAAGAUUUAAUAGAAUCUCAGCUGUUCAAACAUUUAAGACCUGAAAAUAUAACUUUUACUUAUGGUACAGCUGGUUUUCGUAUGAAUGCUAAAAAUUUAGACUAUGUAAAUUAUACAGUUGGAAUAUUAGCAUCAUUAAGGUCCAAAUAUUUAGGUGGUAAAACUGUUGGGGUAAUGAUAACUGCUUCUCAUAAUCCACCCGAGGAUAAUGGUGUUAAAGUAGUUGAUCCAUUAGGUAGUAUGUUAGAAGCAAAAUGGGAAGAAUAUGCUACUGAUUUAGCUAAUUCAUCAAAUAGUGAAAUUGUUUCAAGUGUGGAAAAAUUAGUCAAAGAUUUGGGAAUUAAUUUAGAGCUUGAAAGUAAUGUUGUAAUUGCAAGAGAUUCAAGAGAAAGUAGUCCAAGAUUGAGUAAAUCUACAAUAGAUGGGUUUAAAAGUAUACCAAACACCAAAUAUGAGGAUUAUGAAUUAUUAACCACACCAGAAUUACAUUACAUCACUAGAACUUAUAAUGACCCAGAUUUUGGAGAAAAAUCAGAAGAUGGAUAUUACAAAAAAUUGGCAGAAUCAUUUAAGAAUAUCUUUGCAGUAUCUAACAAUCAAAAUAAAUUAGAUAUUACAAUUGAUGCAGCAAAUGGAGUAGGAGCUCCAAAAAUUGAGGAACUUUUGAACAAAUACCUUUCCCAAGAAAUAAGUUUCAAUGUGGUGAAUGACAAAUAUGAAAAUCCUAAAAUACUUAACUUUGAUUGUGGUGCAGAUUAUGUGAAAACAAAUCAAAAAUUACCAAAAAAUGUUGAAACUCAACAGGAAAACAAAUUAUAUGCAUCAUUCGACGGAGAUGCAGAUAGAUUGAUCUGUUACUAUCAAGAUUCCUCCAAGAAAUUUGUAUUGUUAGACGGUGAUAAAAUAUCAACAUUAAUUGCAUUAUUUUUACAACAAAUCUUUAGAAAACUAGAUUCGUCAAAGUUGUCUUUAAAUAUAGGGGUAAUACAAACUGCUUAUGCUAAUGGAUCAUCUACCAAAUAUGUUCAAGAUAUUUUGAAAUUACCAGUACGUUGUACUCCAACUGGAGUUAAACAUUUACAUCAUGAAGCUGAAAAAUUUGAUAUUGGAGUUUACUUCGAAGCAAAUGGUCAUGGAACUGUUGUAUUUAAACCAGAAGCCGAAAAGAAAAUUUUUGAGUAUAAAGCAGAUUCAAAAGAAGAAGAACAAGCUAUAUCAAUUUUACGAAAUUUUAGUCAAUUAAUAAAUCAAACCGUUGGUGACGCUAUAUCUGAUUUAUUGGUAGUGUUGAUAAUCUUACAUUAUCUCAAUUUAACGCCUGAAGAAUGGAAUAGAGAAUAUACUGAUUUGCCAAACAAAUUGAUAAAGGUUAUUGUACCAGAUAGAACAAUUUUUAAAACAACAAAUGCUGAAAGAACAUUGGUAAAACCUGAAGGCAUACAAAAUAAAAUUGAUGAGUUGGUUGCAAAGAUUCCUAAUGGUAGAUCAUUCGUUAGAGCUUCGGGUACCGAAGAUGCUGUCAGAGUUUAUGCUGAGGCUGAUACCAAAGAAAAUGUUGAGAAGUUGAUUACUUCUGUUUCCGAUUUAUUGAAGUAG